UAUGGCUCUUUCCAUUUUCCAGUUAUUUUGCUCCUCAAAAACAGCUGUUUUCUAACAUCUCAAAUCGAUUCAAAGAUAUCUAACUAAUUGAAAUCAAAAUGUACAUCUCCGUGCAACUAUACACAUCAUUUAUUCUGUUAUCAUGCCUUGCAAUCUUUGAGAAAGCGUCUGCCAAAGUCGUUGUGGGUACCUUCAGCAGUUUUCAAGCAAAGCAUGCUGUCGGUGAAGUGCUUGCAGAUGAAUUUUGUUUUUCAGGUGAUGGCUCAUUGAUCAAAUAUAAACUGGACAUUGAACAUGUCGAAGGAAUCUCACAUCAGUUGAAGCUCUACGCUUAUGUCGCCCAGGAGUAUAUGACAAGGGAUGAAGCACUGGUCUCCGACAAUGGUAGCUGUCAGCAAAUGCUGGGGAAAGCAAGCUUUUCUUUUCUACUAUCAGCCGAAGGAAACCAUUCCCUCCCAAGUCUUCCAGGAUUCCGUAGGUGGACCCUUGUGCUAGCAGAUCAGUACACAUGUGAAGAAACCUUUCGAGAGAAGGACACCCUUAUCGAAUAUGAAAUUGAGUUGUUGAAUCCUGAUUCUCUAGGCAUACCAGCCAAUCAUUUCAGCUGCGAUGAAUUCGGUCUUCUGAAAUUUUACCAACUUCUCAACCUUGCAUUAUUCGUGAUCGGCUGCAUCUUUGCUCCUCAGCUAGUUCAGACGCUAUCAAAGAAAGGACCAAUGCACCUUGUGCUGUGUCUCCUUACCAGCGCUGCCGGAUCUCAAGUCAUUAGCUCACUGUUCAUGCUAUUCCAUCUAUACAGCUUUUCAUCAAAUGGUCAGGGGUCAUCCUUCUUUGAAACAUUAUCAGAGUUACUAGAUCUGGUGUCACAGUUCCUAAUGCUACAUAUGUUAGUCAGCAUAUCUCUCGGCUGGACGUUGGCAGGACCUCAAAAGCCCUCUCAUUUAGACAUGCUAAAAACAAAGCCGGCUGUGCAGAUAGUGGGUAUUCUAGGCCUGUUACAGGGUGUAUUAUUCAUCUGGGAGCAACUACGGGAUAUGGAUCACCGACUCUUCCAUCCGCCCAGCAACAUGGCAGGGACAAUAUUACUCAUGCUGCGAGUCCUACUGGCGGCCAUGUUUUCGGGUAAUCUCCUUUUCGUGAUGCAGUUUGAGAGAAGUGCCUUGAAAAGAGAGUUUUAUGCUAGGUUUGCCGAGUGCUGUUUGUUAUGGUUCAUGUGUUAUCCAGUAUUCCUGUCAUUAUCAUGGUUUGUAGGAGACUAUUAUUGUUACCAGUUUUUGACCGUCACAGUGGUGCUAUGUGAAGCUACUGCAGUUCUUCUGUUAUAUAAACUUUUCCUUUCGCGGAGUUUGUACUGGGAGGUGUCCGCAUUGUCAAGCAGUUUACCGUUAUACCGGAUGGACCGUGGUGGCCGAGCGGACAAAUCGAAACCGAAAAGUUUAUCCAUCAAAAUCAGCUCCUGAUGAAUGGGAAUAAGAAGAGGGUGUUUAGGUGAUGUUUUUUUUACGAAUUCUUCAUAUCUGUUUCCUGUGGAGUAUCUGGUGACAAAUAUGUGGCUUAUAGUAGCCUCGGCAGUUAAUUAGUUGGUUUGUUAAGGAGUAUUAAAGGACUGCACUGCUCUUCAGUACUGUAGACGCAGCGGGCUUUUAAAAUGACCCAGAUACAACUACAUGAACUACUGUGGGCUGAUGUAUGUUUGGCGGGCCAUUCCUGCCCAUAAACCCAUAAUGGUCCAUGGAGGUCACCAUUUACAAUCCAUUGUGUAAGAAUUCCUAAAGGUGCCAGAUGUUGACAAGUUGAAAGUGCCCUUGCUAUUGGUCAGUACAUUGCACGUAUCAAAUAUUCUAAAAAAGCUCUCAAUACUGUUUCUUCUAGCAAGAUGACUUUUACAGAUAGUAGAAUGUAUGACAGAAUGCACAUGCCGUGAUUAUGGCCAGAGCGUACAGGAUGCAUAUAGGGGGACGACCCCUAAAUCGUACUUAAACAUUAAUUUAGGGUAAUAAUUGGUUUUGGGGAUAUGUUGGUACGUUUGUUUGCUGCAGAGAAUAGUGAGCCUAACAGCUCAGGCUUCCAGUUUGUUUAUUUGUUUAUAUGUAACUAAUCAUGUCACUCUGUUACAAGUUUUUUGUUGUACAGUGCAAUUACCUUUAAAAUCAUAAAAGUUGAAUUUUAGAAUAAGACAAUGUUUUCAA